UCUACCUCUCCCUUGCUCAGAGGCAGAAAUACAUCCAUUCCCCAUUGAGCAGCCCCGUGCAAAACCAAGCUGGAAAAAAAAUACAGGCAAAUCAGCAGAAUCCCCAACCACACUGACUGUGGCGAUAGAUUUAUCACAAGAUCUAUCUUGGGUUUUGCCGGAGAGCUGUAUUUCACAUCCAGAAUAUACCACCAGCUCGAACCAAAUCGAAUAUAAGAGUGCUGGUCGCAGGCUACAAGCGAGGAACAAAUGCACUCGGCUUUGCGCUAUGUAUCUGGCUGAAUCUUCGCCGUGAGAGGACGGGCCAGCAGCAGCGAGGGGGAGACAGACGAGAGAGAUGGCUUCAAGCACAACAUGGCUCAAAAGUCCCACCGCGUCCAUUGCAGCCCCGUCGCCUCGGAAGGUAAUCUUCUGGACGUUCCUCGUCGCCUGUUUCACACCCUGCUCCAGCAAAAACGAAGAUGAAGACUAUGAAGACUUGACGCUUAAUAAAACAUGGGUCCUGACUCCGAAGAUUUAUGAAAGCGACGUCACUCUUAUUUUGAACAAUUUAUUGAAAGGCUAUGAUAACAAACUCAGGCCCGAUAUAGGGGUGAAGCCUACCAUUAUUGACACCGACAUGUAUAUAAACAGCAUUGGACCAGUGAAUGCGAUCAAAAUGGAAUAUACCAUUGACAUCUUUUUCGCCCAAACGUGGUACGAUCGGCGCCUGAAAUUUAAUGGCACGAUGAAAGUUCUUGGCCUCAACAGCAACAUGGUAGGGAAAAUCUGGAUACCUGACACAUUCUUCAGAAAUUCAAAGAAGGCAGAUGCCCACUGGAUCACUACCCCAAAUCGAAUGCUUAGGAUUUGGAACGAUGGGAGAAUAUUAUACACACUAAGGUUGACGAUUGAUGCAGAAUGCCAGCUUCAACUGCAUAACUUCCCAAUGGAUGAGCACUCCUGUUCACUGGCGUUCUCAAGCUACGGCUAUCCGAAAGAUGAAAUAAUAUACCAGUGGAAGCAAAGUUCAGUUGAGAUUGGCGACACUCGCUCUUGGAGACUGUACCAGUUUACUUUCAUUGGAUUGAGAAACACCACAGAGUUUGUGAAGACCACUUCAGGAGAUUACGUUGUAAUGGCAGUGUAUUUCGACCUGAGCAGAAGAAUGGGGUACUUCACCAUUCAGACCUAUAUCCCUUGCACAUUGACCGUGGUUUUAUCCUGGGUCUCAUUCUGGAUCAAUAAGGAUGCAGUACCUGCAAGAACGUCUUUAGGCAUCACAACCGUCCUGACCAUGACCACGCUCAGCACCAUCGCUCGCAAGUCCCUCCCCAAGGUCUCCUACGUGACUGCCAUUGAUCUCUUUGUGUCCGUGUGUUUCAUCUUCGUGUUUGCCGCUUUGAUCGAAUACGGGACCUUGCACUAUUUCGUCAGCAACAGAAAGCCCAGCAAAGACAAAGGCAAGAAGAAACGGAACAGACUGCUACGGAUGUUUUCAUCAAAGGCACCCACAGUUGAAAUCCGCCCUCGUUCGUCAGCUGUCCAGAUGAAUAAUUCCCUGCAUCAGCAGGAGCGCGAUGAGGAGUAUGGGUAUGAGUGCCUGGACGGCAAGGACUGCACCAGUUUCUUCUGCUGCUUCGACGACUGCCGCUCCGGAGCGUGGAGGCAGGGAAGGCUACACAUCCGCAUCACCAAGAUCGACUCGUACGCCCGUAUCUUCUUCCCCACCGCCUUUGGUCUGUUCAACCUGGUCUACUGGGUAGGCUACCUUUACCUGUAAACCUGGACGAGCAGACAGUAACAUAGGCCUUACCUGCUGCUGACACACUAAGACCCACUUGUAAAAACACUAAACAGCAAAAACGUGUACACUUUUAAGUAUGUCUGACAGAGAUCGGUGAUUGAAAAAGCCGUGCAUGUUUUUAUUUCUGCGGCAAAAUUGCUAUGAAUUACUUUUUCUUUCGACAAAGAAAUUUUAUUUUGCGUCUCUGGAGGACUAUUAUGAAUGGAAACGGUGCGGCAACGGAAACUCGCUGACUCGACUCUUUUCUUGCCGAUUCUACUUACUAAUUUGUCUUCUCGGCACUUAAAGCGCCAGUACAGCACUUUGGAGAUAGUUUUGCACGGGAUUCAUGUGUCGGGUACCCAAGGCUGGAUCAUUGCCCAGGGCCACAUCCUCCUGCUGAACGAACAAGAAGGGAGAUAACACAAGCCUCAGCCACCCAAUCUAGUCACAAUUUCAAAUAUAUGCGUGUUGUCAUGAUCAGCACAGCCAUUGCAAUAAAGAAUAUUGAACAAGCUGGAAAGGGUGCUGUUGGAUAAUGAUCAGACUCACACAAAGUGAUUAGCAACAUUGCACAGGUAACUCAAAGAGCUUUCAUCUCAGCAUGCAUACUACUAGUCUAACAGGGCGAGAGAGAGAGAUAGAGAGCUCUCUGAUAAGCCUGUGUGCGGAGCCACAGUAUGAGUGAUACUAAUCUACAGGUACAGACAGAGAAGAUUUACGAGGAUGUUACCAAGACUGAGCUAUAGGGAGAGGUUGAGUAGGCUGGGACUCUGAGUCCUUGGAGCGCAGGAGGAUGAGGGGUGAUCUUACAGAGGUGUUGAGAUAAAAUCAUGAGAGGAAUAGAUCGGGUAGAUCGAGGACCAGAGGGCAUAGGUUUAAGGUGAAGGGGGGGCAAGAUUUAAUAGGAAUCUAAGGGGUAACUUUUUCACACAAAGGGUGGUGGGUGUUUGGAACGAGCUGCCAGAGGAAGUAGUUGAGGCAGGGACUUUCCCAACGUUUAAGAAGCAGUUAUGCAGGUUCAUGGAUGGGACAGGUCUGGAGGGAUAUGGACCAGGUGGGAUUAGUGUAGCUGGGACAUGUUGGCCGGUGUGGGCAAGUGGGGCCCUGUUCGCACGCUGUAUCACUCUA